GAAUUCAAUUGAAAAUAUUCAUUCUUCAUGGUAUCGGAGCUCUAAUCUUUCACGGCUUCCCUUCUCCUUCUCCUUCUUGAGUUUCGGCCAAGCCCCCAACCCCCCUCCCUCGUCGGAUUCUUCUUCCCCCGGCAACCAUGGCCGACUCCGCCUCAUCUGGCAAAGUCACCAACAACAACGAAACCUCUUCUCCAAAUAAUUCUCCUCAUCUUGCCUUCACCACCAUCUCCAACAUCAAACUUCAUAUCCUGGUUCAACUCAGUUUCUCAGCACCAAAUUAUAAAAAGUGGAGUCGAUUAUUUCGUCUCUUGAUCCUCCGCUUCAAUCUCAAGGGUUUCAUCGAUGGCACGACCAUAGCCUCCUCCGCAGACGAUGCUGAAUGGUAUCAAUUUGAUGCCUUAAUUCAGGGAUGGAUCCUGUCCACAAUCACUGAUGAAGUCUCCGAUCUUGUGCUUGCCAACAAUCUCUCUGCUCAUGCCCUAUGGAAGGCAAUCUACAAUCUCUUUCACGACAAUAAGCAUGCCCGGGCGAUGCAACUGGAGCAUCGUUUCCGUACAACUGUGAAGGGGCAACUCUCCAUCGAAAAAUAUUGCCGCCUUCUCAAGAACCUCUCCGAGUAUCUUGAUGAUGUGGAUGCUCCUGUCACCGAACAUGCCCUCGUCCUCCAAGUUCUUCAAGGUCUCCCCCACGACAUCCGAGGUCAAGUUCAAUUCCUUCAUUAUCAAAAUCCACUCCCGACGUUCUUGGAGGUUCGGUCCGCAUUACUCCUCGUUGAACAGCAGCAAAACGACUCCGUCUAUGCCGCCGGCGCGCCGUCCACAGCCUUACUCAGCACCGGCGGCGGCGGCAAUUAUGCGGGCAGCGGCCACCGACAGGACCGAGGCAGCGGCUACGGCAGUUCUGGGAGCAGCGGCAGCGGCGGCUUUGGCGGCGGACAUGGCGGCGGCUCCGGCGGACGCGGCAGGAACUUCGGCAGUGGCAGUGGAGGCGGCAACCGCGGCAGAGAUUAUCCUGGUCACAACGGCGUCAAGAAUUGAAGGUCUGGAUUCCCCUUAUUCAAUGUUGGAUGUUAUUGAGGGGACAAAUAAUUAAAUUAGGCAUGGUUAA